AUGGUGCCAGCACACCUGCAUUCGACAAGUGGAUUGUGUCCUAUUCUGCUUGGCGAACCGUUUGAGCGGCUGUCUAUUUUCCGGGUUGAAGACUGUGUCCUGAAACAUUUCUUCAGGGCACUCGAAAGGUACAGACAGGCCAAAUCAAACAAAUCAUACGAUCCCGAUGAACCUCGCACCCCUGCGUUGAAGCCCACAACGAUCAAUUACCUGCCAAAGGUGUCACCGCCUCCAUUCGAUACCGGAGAUCAAUCACCCAAGGGCGGUCUACCUAAGCACGAUGCAGAGGCACAGUUUCCGAGCAGUUCGCGUAAGCUGCCGGAAUUCCAAAAGCCCGAUUCAAUCGAGGGCAACUCGGUGCUGAUCAGACAUUUAGAGCCUAAUCGACCUGACAUAGCCUGGUUCGAAACUGAACAUCCGCUUCACCGCAGCACUCCAGCGGACGACCCCUAUCCGGUCCUUCCCAAGAUCCUAUUCGCCCCGGAAAAAUCCUCCGUGGAGACCAAGGAGCCUGUAGAUGUGGCGAGAAAGGCUCUCAAUUUGAUCAGUCCGAGCGAGCCCAAGGAAGGAGGCCCGUCUGUAGGUCCGAAGGAUCCUCCAAUCGCCUACAAGGAACCACGCCGACCGUCCAUCCCAGUGGAAGAACCUGCGCUCAAAGAAGAACAGCAGCAGCACACGCCGCCUAAUAUCCCUCAUAUCUCACAUCUAUUCCAGGAUGGGAAACUACCUGAUCCUGAAGCACGAUUGAGCAAGUUGCUGAUAGCACCGUCGGAGCCAACAGCUCAGCUCCCCGCCCUCCACCCGUCAGCAACGGCGAGCUCCGUGAAUCAUAACCUGCCCUCCCUUUCAACGGCAUUGGCCGGUGUUACCGAUGUACCACCACCUGCUGGUGCCGGACGUCUGAAUGGCUCGUCUUUCGGGCCUUUGCCUCCGGUCUCAUCUUCUUCUCCUCCGGUAUCAAGGACAGAUCCUGUCUGGGAGCACCAACGCUUAGGCCAGAUUCCGCCUCCUCCGUCGCAAGUUCCGCCCAGCCCCUACUCGCACUUGUCACCAGCGAGCUCGAAGGACAUGUCGGCCAUGUCGUCGCCCGCAUCCCAGCAGGCUUACUGGCGGCCGCCUAUCAAGGCGGACAUAACGUAUCUCACUUCAACAUAUGAGACUGCGCCGCAGACGGCCAAGAGCCCCGCAACAAGCUACCCCACCCCGACAGAUCAGACUCCAGCAUCAACCUGUGAUCGGUCAUACAAUCCCCCCACACAUUCGAACGGAGCAGUCUCCACAGGCACAUACAAGUGCCGUCACCCUGGCUGCACUGCAGCCCCGUUCCAAACACAAUACCUGUUGAAACCAACAGCACAAAUACCCUCGACCGGACAAUCUGCAACGCUCACAAGUCACGAAACAGACACGUCAGGGUCCACCAUGUCGACAAGAGCCGAGAUGAUCCGGCUCUCAGGCAGGUCCUAUCGCAAAGGCCAGAGGGUAGUACGCGUGGACGACGCCGUCGGAACAACGUACCGUGAAUCAACGACUCACAUAGGCCUCAUCACCAUUUUCAUCAUCGGCUCAGCGAUAUGCUCUAAAAGUGCAGGUUACCAUUAUACGAUAUUGCAUUAGCGACAGCGUCCGUUCGCGUUGAUUUAUUCUGAGAUGAAGAGUUGACUUUCUCAACAACCGUCCAUGUGACGUUGUGAGGAUAACGCAGUCAAUUCUUUGUCUAUCAUCAUCGACCAUCAUGGCAUUCAUGUAUACUGACUGCACAUGCAUUACGAACCUUCCCACUAUCUAAGCAAUCCACCAAUAACCCCCUUCUUUUUCACAUCUAUUCGACUACCCCCUUUUUCAGUGAUACCAGAUGUUGUUAGAGCCUUGAUCUACUUCUACUUCCAACUUCAUGUCCUCGUUCAUCUUCUUGCAUUGCUCGCAUCAUGUCAUUCGCUUCUUGUGUUCGAAUAGUUUGAUUCCCCCGUUCAUCUUGCUAAGUGAUCUGGCGAAGUGUGCACGGGUUUGUACAAGACUUUGCUAGUGGGCGUUUUUGCCGUGUCUCUUAUUUGUCUUCUCGCACCAUUACUUUGCACCACUUCAACCUUAUUUUUUUCUUUACUUUUUUCUUCCUC